AUGGUGAGCAUAAGGCAGCCCCCGUUUCAGAAUGAUGAUCUAGACCUGGAAGCAGCCAUAGGAAGCGCCCGCCCCCAGCUAGUGGAGUUCCUCAGUUACCGCCCCGACUGGCUGCUCACGACCUCCCGGCGCUUCCUCCCAAGCGUGGCCCUGAAUGGCCUGGAUGGCAUCACCGACCAAAAAGAAAAAGUCUCAGUGCUCCUUAACCUGCUGGAGAAGGCUGGCCCUGCCACCUGGAAACAGUUUGCACAGCAUGUCUGCAUGGAGUGUGACCUCCCCCUGGAUCUGGAGAUACUGCUUAUAAGUUCUACGGGAGAAGGUAACUUAAGCCAGCAACAAGAAACAUGCGCAGAUGUGAGUGCCCGGUCGUCUGUGCUGACAGGAGUUGCUCGACGUCGCCAUCACAGCAGCUCCAUGAGUGAUACGGAUGUUAAACAGCAACGACUAGAUUCAGCUGAAAAGUACCAGCAUAUCCUUGUCAAUUCUAUCCGCCAGAGCUAUGGAAGCAGGAGAGCAGCAGGAGCAGCAGCACAGGAACAAAUGCAGCCACUGCCUUUCAACCAAGCUUUUGUCAACCUUGUCAUUCGGCAGAGCAAAACCUCCCGCUUAAAAGAGAAGACAGAUAAACCCCGAGAGGAUAUGGCAGGUGCUUCUGAACCAGAAGAACGUGCAGAUACAGCCAUGAAAGUGUCAGAUCUGUUUCAUAGUGUGAUCCCAUCGGGCAUGACAAAGGUCAUCUUUUUGUUUGGUAAACCAGGUACAGGUAAGACCAUGCUAAUGCACAGGAUUUGCCAGAAAUGGGCAGAAGGUGUCCUACCUCAGUUUCUCUUCACUUUCCUUUUUGAGUUUCGGCAGCUGAAUUUAUUAAAAAGAAAACUGACGCUGAAGGAGCUUUUGUUUGACCUAUACCUUCAGCUAGAAGACAGCCCUGAUGCACUGUUCCAGUACCUCCUGGAAAAUGCCUGGCAUACACUGAUCAUCUUUGAUGGGCUGGAUGAGUUUACAGCUAACAUGGAUGUGUCAUCCUCUUCUAAGGGAGACCCAACUCUUACCCAUAUGUCCAUAUCUGAGCUCUUUGUAGACCUCUGCCAUGGGAAGCUCCUGCCUGGUUGCACAGUGUUGGUCACCAGCCGACCUAAGAGACUACCUGACGACUUAUUGAAAACGGUAGAUCUGCUAGCAGAAAUUUGGGGAUUUGACCAUGAGAAGGUUGAGGAAUACGUCAGCCAGUAUUUUCAUCAGCAUUCGUUCAAAGAACAAGCCAUUGCUCAUCUGAAGAACAACACCAAGCUCCUGAGCAUGUGCCUCAUCCCUGCUCUGUGUUAUGUCGUGUGCAUCUGUUUGGAGUAUUUACUUCUUAAACAUCAGAUGAGUGUGGAGCUUCCUCAGACUAUGACACAGUUUUAUAUCAAAAUGCUUCUCAUCUUCAUAAACAAACAACAGGGAGAGUGUGCAGGUGGUGAGGUGACUCAGCUGAACUGUAACAAGAAGGCCAUUUUAGGUCUGUGUGAUCUUGCACUGAAAGGCCUGGAAGAUAAGAAGCUUGUAUUUUAUGUUGGUGAUGUUCCAGAGCAUGUGAAGCAAUUUGCUUCCUUACAUGGAUUGCUGACUGUCUUUGAGGUGAAGAUGAGUGGCUCUUGCCCAGAGCCUGGCUAUGCCUUUGUGCACUUGAGCUUGCAGGAGUUUUUUGCAGCACUGUGUCUCAUGGUAAGCAAGAGGGUGGACAAGAACUACCUGAAGAAGAAGUUCUCUUUGAAGUCAAAGUGGACUUUAAAGAAUGAGGCAAAGACUGAGCUCAUGGAGAGUUUUCACAUCUUUCUCUCGGGCUUAUCAUCAAAAGAAUGUAGGACAUUUGUCAUGCUGCUGGCUGAACAAGAUGAAGCUUGGGUGCAGGAUAAGCAGGACACAAUCCUGCAGUCUCUCAAGAAACUAGCAGCCACUCAUCUGACAGGGCCUAAGGUCAUUGAGCUCUGCCACUGCACGUUUGAAACACAAGACCUCGAAGUAGCCCAGCACAUUGGGAGCCAGCUGAAUUUCAAGUAUGAGUUUAAAAACUUUAGACUGACACCUCUGGACAUGUCGUCUUUGGUUUUUGUCAUAAACUCAGGCCAGGAUCUGACUCAUUUGGAUUUUGCAGGAUGUCUCAUGGACAUUGACUGUUUGGAGGUUCUGUCCAGCUGCAAAAAUGUAGAGCACUUGAGCUUUCGUGGUAGGAGAUGUGGUGAUGACUUUGCUGCUGCUCUUUCAAAGACCUUACGAGGAAUGGGGAGCCUGAAGAAACUAGAGUUGACAGGCGGGAGCAUCACAGCUGAGGGGAUGACUAACUUGGUCCAGGCUUCAUCACAGUGCCUCCAGCUUGAGGAAAUAAACUUGCAGGACAAUCGGAUACGGGAUCUGGAGGUGAAGAGGGUAAUGGACCUGUUUUCCAGAAUGGAAAAGCUGAAGAAAAUAGAGAGAGAUGCUAUGCUGGACCUUGUUCUCACCAACAAGGAGGGGCUGGUGUGGAAUGUGAAGCUCAAGGGCAGCCUUGGCUGCAGUGACUGUGAAAUGGCGGAGUUUCAAGAUCCUUAG